AUUGGGUGUUGGGUUGCUGUAGUUGUAGUCGUUAUGGUUGUGUCUUUAUGUAAACCCCACCCUUACCAGGAUGUGUUCGACUUUCAAACCUCUUCUCGUGAGUACAGACACAAGACCAAGCUGAUAUGACGAUGCGACUCCGUCAUAUUUUUCAUUUCUUCCUUCUUGGAAUGUUUGUUGGCUUAUCACUGAGUGGGCUCAUUUACUGGGUAAUCACCUCCAUUUGGUUUGGAAAUCAUCUAACAGGUAACCUGGGUCGGACAGAUGUUGCUUCUGUGACACCAUGGUUAGCCCCGAUUGUAUGGGAGGGAACCUUUGACUCCACAGUGAUUGACUCCAUCUACAAACAACAAAACAUCACCGUAGCGACCACUGUCUUCGCUUUGGGAAAAUAUACACGUUUUCUCAGAGAUUUCCUGGAAUCAGCAGAGGAGCAUUACUUUGUUGGAUUUCGAGUCCAUUACUACCUGUUUACAGAUCAACCAGAUGAAGUUCCUAAUGUAAAACUAGGUCAAGAACGUUACCUGACAGUGAAGAAGCUUCCAAGUAUGAACAGAUGGCAGGAUAUCAGUAUGAGCAGGAUGGAAAUACUAGAGAAACUAAUAAAGAAUGAACUGGCCAGUGAGGCCGACUAUAUUUUCUGCCUUGACGUUGAUACAAAGUUCAUUGGCCGCUGGAGUGUGGAGUCUUUGGGUCGUCUCGUAGGUGUGAUACAUCCUUGGUUCUUUAAUGCUCCAAGGUUCAUAUUCACAUAUGAGCGUAGACCAGAGUCUCAAGCAUACAUUCCAGCUGGAGAGGGUGAUUAUUAUUUUACUGGUGCUGCAUUCGGUGGCUCAUUGAAAGACGUACAUCAUCUAACCAAAACCUGCCAGGAGCAGAUGAACAUUGAUAUUGCAAACUCAAUUGAGGCGAUAUGGCACGAGGAGUCUCAUUUGAACAAGUAUUUCCUUUAUAACAAACCCAGUAAACUGCUUUCACCUGAAUAUCUGUGGCGGGACAUUAGUAUGAGUUCAGGCUAUGUGAAAAUAAUUCGCUUCUCUCAUGUAGCUAAAAACAAUGCUGAAGUUCGGCCAAACUUGUAGCAUUAUUGUGAAAGUUUAUAUCCAGAUCAACAUGUUGAGUUACACAAUAUUUUUUUAUUUAUGAUUCAUUAGUGUUGGGUCAAACUGGUUUAAACAGCCUUUAUUUGAAAGGGGGGGGGGGGGGGUUGGGUUUUGUAGAUUGCAGAUUUGAUUAAAAAACAUGAUUCUAGCAAGUUAUGUUUCCACAGAGAUGUCCAGCUGAAUGACAUUCUACAGUUUGAUUAUGAAUCCUGAUUGUCAAAUCCUGUUUUAGGAUUUCUUAGUAUUAGAAGUAUAAAAAUGAGACCUGUUUCUUGACAUCAAGUAAAAUAUUUUUUCUCUCUGUUUGGAGAA